AUGGCUUCUUCAGUUUUCUUCAAGUUCAAGUCACAGAAGGAACCCACAAGGGUGGAGUUUGAUGGAACGGGGAUAUCAGUGUUUGAGCUGAAGAGGGAAAUCAUCAUCAAGAGUGGCUUGGGUGAUGGAACCGACUUUGACCUGUUCAUCACGGACGAUAAUGGCGAUGUCUACGAUGAUGACACCGAGAUUAUCCCCAGGUCCACGACCGUGAUAGCUCGGCGCCAGCCCGCAACCAAACCCGGUGCUGGUCGAGCUGCGCGGUAUGUGUCGGGCAAGAUGCCAGUCUCCGCUAAGAACGCUGGCCGUAAAGAACAAACGGCCAAGUCGUCAGCGUCCAAGACCACGUCCAGUGCCAUCAACCAGAUGAACGAGGCUAUGACUGAGGAGGAGAAGAUGCAGGCCAUGUUCGCUGCCCAGGGCGAGCAAUGGAACGCACAGCAGGAGAAGAUGUCACAUCAUCAACCAUCAUUCCAGCCUGGUCAGAAACGCCCGGCCAACGUGCCCGACCAUGACCCCCCAAAUGGCUACAUCUGCUAUCGUUGCGGCAAUAAGGGUCACUGGAUCCAGCUGUGCCCUACCAAUGAUGACCCUGAAUUCGACAACCGGCCCCGCGUGAAGCGCACAACCGGCAUUCCGCGCUCAUUCCUGCAGAAGGUCGACAAGGCCGCCGUGCUCGCCCAGAGCGAAGGCGACGAGUCGAAGCGACCUUCUGGCAUCAUGGUCAAUGCCGAAGGCGACUUUGUCAUUGCCGAAGCCGACAAGGCCACGUGGAAGAAAUUCCAAGCUAAAGCCAACACGUCUUCUGCCAAGACUAAUGGUGCGAACGCUGUGGCGGACAAGGAGAUUCAGGAGCGGGGGCUCGAGUGCUCCAUUGACAAGAAGAUGUUCAAGGAGCCGAUGAAGACGCCAUGCUGCCAGAAGACGUUUUGCAACGACUGCAUCACAAACGCUCUUAUUGAGAGCGACUUUGUCUGCCCGAAUUGCGAGCUGGGAGAUGUCUUGAUUGACGAUCUCACACCGGACGAGGAGAUGGCAGAGAAGAUCAAGGCAUAUUUUCAGGAGAAGGAAGAGGAGAAGGAAGCCGCCGACAAGGCAGCCCAAGAGGCACCCGUGGCCCCUUCGACAGAGGAGGUCCAGCCUGAGGACAAGGUGGAGGGGACGCCUGUUGAGGUGAAGAGUGAGACGGAGAAACAGGGAGAAGCAGAGGUCAAGCCUGCGUCUGUCACGGCUAAAUCAAAAUCACCCACCCCAGUGCCCGCUAGUAAGGCGAAAUCGCCGCCAACAGGGCCUAAAAGCAUGACUCCCCAGACAGACGGCAACUCGCCCCCGGUGGACGGAAAACCCGCGGGCGGUGCGGUGUCCAAGAAGCGUCCUGCAGACGAGCUCCUUGAGAACCCCAAGAUCCCCAAGGGCCCGCGCGCUAUGCAGAACCAGAUGAAUAACCAGCAGCAACAACAGACCAUGGCCCCCAAUAUGAUGAACGGCAUGAACAUGGGCAUGAUGAACAUGAUGCCAAACAUGAUGGGCAUGGGCAUGGGGAUGCCGAUGAUGCCCAACAUGAUGAUGGGCGGCUUCAACAACGGAGGCAACUUUAACAAUGGUGGCUUCAACAACUUCAACAACGGCGGCGGCUGGGACAUGGGCAUGGGUAUGGGUAUGGGCAUGGGCAUGGGCAUGAACAACAUGAACGGCUUCGGCAUGCCGUUCGGCAACAACGGCGGCGGCGCACAGGGCGAGGAGGACGCGUACUUUCGGAAACCAGUCAACCCCCAUCGGUACCAGAACAAGCAGAGGCGGCCGCGCCCAAGUGAUUUCCGCGAGCUCUAG